AUGGCAACAACUCCAGGAUUUGGGGACUUGGAAGAUGACAGCGACCAGUCGAACUCCGAAUUUCAGCCACUUUAUGAUGAUACGGAUGAAUUAGACCAAAGAACAGCUCAAGAAACAAAAGGAUGGAACCUUUUCCGGGAAAUACCAGUAAAGAAGGAGAGUGGGUCGACGGCAUCGACAGAAUGGGUAGAUACCAGUAUGAAAAUUCUAAAAGUUCUUGCAUAUAUACUAACUUUUAUGGCAGUUUUGGGCUCAGCAGUUAUAGCGAAGGGCACUCUGCUUUUUAUAACUUCACAACUGAAGAAAGAACGCUACGUUAGCCACUGUAAUAAGGCUUUAGCAUUAGACAAGCAGUUUUUAGCAAUUCUUGCAUUAGAGGAAAGAGUUACAUGGCUCUGGGCUGCGCUGAUUGUUUUUAGUGUUCCAGAAUUGGGAAUGUUUUUUAGGUCCCUUCGGAUUUGCUUUUUCAAAACAGCAAAAAGACCAAGUAGAUUACAAUUUUUUAUAGCUUUCUUAGUUGAAACGUUGCACACUAUUGGAGUAGCGACACUAAUCCUUAUUAUAUUGCCUGAAUUAGACGUUGUGAAAGGGGCAAUGCUAAUGAAUUCUAUGUGCAUUAUUCCUGGUAUACUUAAUGCGUUAACUAGAGAUGGCGGCGAAAAUCAAUAUAUGAUGAAAAUUAUCCUGGACGUAUUGGCGAUAUCUGCACAAGCAACUGCGUUCAUCGUUUGGCCACUUCUGGAUGGAAUUCCGACUUUAUAUACAAUACCAAUGGCUUGUAUAUUUGUUUCACUUGGAUGGUGGGAAAAUUAUGUUAAUGUUAGUGAAACACACACUUCUGUUUUGUUCUACUAUUUAAGCGAACUAAAAUUGGCACUUAAGACUACUAGAUAUUAUACACAAAGAAUACUUUCUAUUUGGAAGAUAUGCGUAUUUAUGGUGUUUAUUAUGAUUUCCUUACACAUUCAAAACGAUGACCCUUUUGCCAUUCUUUCAUCCUUUAACACUGCCUUCGGCGAACGCGACUACAGUGUCUAUGAACUUCAAAUAGUAGUUCAAGAUGCGCACGAUGGCCAAUUAGACUUUAAUUUAACGGACGCUGCAUUUGUUUUGCCUGCAACGUGGAAUUCUUCAUUGUGGGUGUCUUUGAUUCAAGUGGUAGCAGCCUAUUUCUGUUACACAAGCGGAAAGUUCGCUUGCAAGAUUCUCAUUCAAAAUUUCAGCUUUACUUUCGCACUUAGUCUGGUCGGACCGCUUUUGAUCAAUUUACUGGUAGUAUUUUGUGGCAUGAAAAAUGCAGAUCCAUGUGCAUUUCAUAACAUGAUUCCGGAUUAUUUAUUCUUUGAAAUCCCUCCAGUAUACUUCCUAAAGGAAUAUCUUGGGAAUGAAAUGGUAUGGAUUUGGCUUUUAUGGUUGGCGUCUCAGGCAUGGAUAACUAUGCACACGUGGAUGCCACGUUGCGAACGACUCGCCGCUACAGACAAAUUAUUUGCAAAGCCCUGGUACCUGGGGCCGCUUAUUGACCAAUCAUUACUAUUGAAUCGCACAAAAGAUGACGAAAUCGACAUACAAAUUGUGGAUUUAAAAGACCUGGAAGACGACGAUGGUCGUUCUCGUGGAAGUUUCGAUGAAGUGGCUAAAGAUAUAAAACCUUCUGAUAGUAUAACAAGGAUUUAUGUCUGUGCAACCAUGUGGCAUGAAACAAAAGAUGAGAUGAUGGAAUUCUUAAAAUCCAUUUUCCGUCUGGAUGAGGAUCAGAGUGCGCGACGCGUUGCGCAGAAAUACCUCGGAAUAGUAGAUCCUGAUUAUUACGAAUUAGAGUGUCAUAUAUUUAUGGACGAUGCUUUCGAAGUUUCUGACCAUAGUGCGGAAGACUCUCAAGUGAAUCGCUUCGUUAAAUGUCUGGUCGAUACAAUUGACGAAGCGGCUUCUGAAGUACACUUGACUAAUGUUAGAUUGAGACCACCAAAGAAGUAUCCAACACCGUAUGGCGGCAAGUUGGUUUGGAUUCUGCCAGGAAAGAAUAAAAUGGUUUGUCAUCUGAAAGACAAAUCUAAGAUCAGGCAUAGGAAGCGAUGGUCUCAGGUCAUGUACAUGUAUUAUUUCUUGGGACACCGUUUAAUGGACCUGCCGUUGUCUGUAGACCGGAAAGAGGUUAUAGCGGAGAACACUUACCUCCUUGCUUUGGACGGAGACAUUGACUUUAAGCCGUGUGCCGUAACUUUGCUUAUCGAUCUAAUGAAAAAAGACAAAAACUUGGGUGCCGCAUGUGGCCGCAUUCACCCUGUAGGAUCUGGUUUUAUGGCGUGGUAUCAAAUGUUUGAGUAUGCUAUUGGUCAUUGGCUGCAAAAGGCAACGGAACACAUGAUUGGUUGUGUACUCUGUAGUCCGGGAUGUUUUUCACUCUUUCGUGGGAAGGCUUUGAUGGACGAUAACGUUAUGAAGAAGUACACACUCACGUCUAACGAAGCUCGUCAUUAUGUCCAGUAUGAUCAAGGGGAAGAUCGUUGGCUGUGCACUUUACUUCUACAGCGUGGUUAUCGGGUGGAGUACUCAGCUGCUUCCGACGCUUACACACACUGUCCAGAGCGUUUUGACGAGUUCUUUAAUCAACGCCGUCGUUGGGUCCCUUCCACUAUCGCCAAUAUCUUUGAUUUAUUGGCAGACUCUAAACACACUGUUAGAAUUAACGAUAACAUAUCUACGCUCUAUAUAGUAUACCAGAUGAUGUUGAUGUUAGGUACGAUUUUGGGACCUGGCACGAUUUUCCUUAUGAUGGUUGGAGCGAUGAAUGCUAUCACAGGCAUGAGUAUUAUGAAUUCCCUUUUACUAAACCUUGUACCGGUUCUUGUAUUCUUAGCAGUUUGCAUGACGUGCAAAUCUGAAAUACAGUUAAUGCUUGCGAACGCAAUCACAUGUGUAUAUGCCAUGUUAAUGUUGAUGGUGAUUGUGGGAAUAGCUCUUCAAAUAGUAGAAGACGGCUGGUUAGCGCCAUCUAGUAUGUUCACAGUAAUAACUUUUGGCAUAUUCUUCAUAACCGCGGCACUGCAUCCACAGGAAAUGAUUUGUUUGUUAUAUUUAUCAGUAUACUACAUUACAAUUCCGAGCAUGUACAUGUUAUUGAUUAUAUAUUCAUUGUGUAAUUUGAAUAACGUAUCGUGGGGCACCCGAGAAGUCGUGCAGAAGAAAACGCUUAAGGAGUUAGAAAUGGAAAAGAAGGCGACGGAGGAAGCUAAGAAAAAGAUGGAGACUCAAAGCAUCAUGAAAUGGUUCGGUAAAUCAGAGGAAACGAGCGGGUCUUUAGAAUGUAGCAUAUCAGGGUUAUUCAAAUUCAUGUGCUGCACUAAUCCUAAGGAUCAUAAAGAAGACUUACACCUACUGCAGAUAGCUACAUCGCUUGAGAAGAUUGAAAAGCGUUUAGAAUCUUUGGGUGCUCCACCGGAGGUAGAGGCUGCGCCCCGACGUCGCUCCUCAAUGCCCUUACGCAGCGACACUCUGUCAAUGCUUCCGGAGUAUGACGACAGUGAAGAUUCUACGGAUAUACCAAGAGAAGAAAGAGAUGACUUAAUUAAUCCAUAUUGGAUAGAGGAUCCCAAUCUGCAAAAGGGUGAAGUAGAUUUUUUGACGACAGCUGAAACUGAGUUUUGGAAAGAUUUAAUUGAUGCUUACUUAAGGCCGAUUGAUGAAAAUAAAGAAGAACUAGAACGUGUUAAAACAGAUUUGAAGAAUCUCCGCGAUACAAUGGUGUUCGCUUUUGUCAUGUUGAAUGCUCUUUUUGUGUUGGUGAUUUUCCUCCUGCAGCUUAAUCAGGAUAAACUACAUUUUAAAUGGCCACUAGGACAAAAAGUAGCAAUUUUUUAUGAUAACGAUGUCAAUAUGGUAUAUUUGGAGCGUGAAUAUCUGAUGUUGGAACCGAUUGGAUCCCUUUUCCUAAUUUUCUUCGGAACUGUCAUGGUUACCCAGUUUGUUGCUAUGAUAUUCCAUCGUCUCGGGACUCUUACACAUUUACUAUCUACUACUCGGCUCAAUUGGUACUUCACUAAAAAGCCUGACGAGAUGACAGAGCAAGCGUUAAUAGAAAAACAAGCUGUAGAAAUUGCCAAAGACCUUCAGAAAUUGAACACGGAUGAUCUUGAGAGACGCGGCGUAGACAAUGCGAAUGUGUCUAGACGUAAGACUCUUCACAACUUGGAGCGCACUCGCGACAACAAGCAUAGUGUUAUCAAUUUAGACGCUAAUUUCAAGAGACGGUUGACAUUACUUCAAAACGCUGAUCCCGACAUGAUAGCCCGGCUGCCUUCUCUGAGGGGUAGCGUGUCUUCGCGGCGUGCAACGUUGCGCGCGCUGCAGUCGCGGCGCGAGUCGCUCACUGCGGAGCGUCGGCGAUCACAGCUACCUCGCGACUCCAACACCUACUUUUACGACGAGCCCAAGGCCACGUUGAGUAAUCUUGCGGGAAGGUCAUCGAUGUCUGGCGCGUACGUGAACAAAGGAUACGAACCUGCGAUCGACACUGAUGACGACGCAACGCCUCUCCCCCGUCGUAGCACUGUGCGCUUCCGUGAGAACUUUAUGUGA